AUGGGGGAUUUUAAUGACCUCCUUGAUCAGUCAGAAAAGAAUGGACGGGCCCCACAUCCUCCUUGGUGUAUAAAUGGUUUAAGGGAGGCUAUUGCGGACUGUGAUUUGCAGGAUUUACCGUUUGAUGGGCCACAGUAUACUUGGGUAAAGUCACAGGGCACGAGCGGUAUGAUCGAGGAGAAAUUGGAUCGCAUUUUAGCUAAUGAGGAGUGGUUGAGUUUGUUUCAAGGCGCACGGGCACAGUCUCUGGUUGUGCCCUAUAGUGAUCAUUUACCCCUGGUUCUUAUACCGGUUAUUCUCCCACAAGUACGCAAGCAUGCCAGGUUCUGUUUUGAUAAUUUGUGGUUGCGGGAAGAUUCAUGUAGAGAAAUUGUUGCGCAAAGUUGGGAUAGAACGGUUGGCCUGGAUACGUUAGCAAGGGUGGAGGCAUGUGCUCUUGACUUGAAGAGGUGGGGGCGGAGUUAUAAUAGAGAUUUCCAACGUAAGAUUGAGUUCAAUAAGCAACGCCUAGAAUGGUUGAGGGGGCGUCGUGAUGAGCCUGGAAUGAGAGAAUAUGUGGCGGUAGAGAGAGAGUUGCUUUUCUUGUUGGAGCAACAACAUUAUUUCUGGAAACAGCGUGCUAAGGAGUUUUGGUAUCAAGGUGGGGAUGUCAAUAGCAAGUUUUUUCACAAUUCUGUGAAAGCAAGACGCCGACGCAAUACUAUUAGACGUCUCCAGGACGAGAAUGGGAAUUGGGUGGAGGAUUCACAGGGGUUGGAUAAUGUUAUGUUGAAUUAUUAUACUGGACUGUUUUUCCCGGAUUAUGGAGAGAUGCAGGAGGUGAUUGAUGCAAUUCCUUCGAAGGUGACUGAGGUUGAUAAUGCUAUGCUGUUGCGCCCGUUGAGUAUGGAGGAGGUUCGUGUUGCGGUGUUUUAG